CUGAAGAGAGAGGACCGGGCCGUUGCCAUGGUAUCGGAGGCGGGUUCCGGGGUGUUUCUGUAGAGGCGAGGUCAAAAGGAAGAGUGGUGGCCAUGCUGUUGCCAUGGUACCGGAGGCGGAGCCAGAGGCGCUGGAAACUUGGACUGGGGGCGGGGCCUCACUGAACCGUUGCCUUGGUAGCUGGAGGCGCCAGCUGCUCUGAGCCCAUGGACCCGGUGGUGGGACUCCAGCGAUUUGGAGCCCGACCCUGGGGGAAAGGGGUAGUAGCCCAGGGAGGGUGGGUGUGGGAGGCUUGUCUCGUGGCAUCGCCCCGACUGGGUCGGCCUACCACGAUAGUUGUGACACCAUAAGCAGGGAGUUCGGUCCUUUAUUCCGUAGUGGGACUGCCGUAGUGAUCUUCUUUCCUUGUCGCCGGUAAUGCAGCCCGCGUUCCAAGCUCUGGGCAUCUCUUGAGAGCCCGCGAUGCUUCCUAUCAGACAUGGCCCGGGAAGAGCCGAAGCGGACCUGCUAGGGAGUUUUGCCAUGGCAGCAAAGGGAAAAUCAGGCACAGUAGCCAAAGGAACUGGUUUCUGGCACUCACCCCAAACCAACUACACCCCAGAAACCUGUCAGCUGCUGAAAGUGAUGAUGGAGGAGUCCAAACUCAACAACUUCCAGCAGCGACAACUCAUGGAUUCUAUGAAAAGAGGUGAGUCACUACCUACUCGGUGCAACCCGAUAUCUACCCAGAAGCCAACAUCCAAGAGAAUCAGCAGUUUCUGUCUGCCCCCCAUCUUGGCACCAAGGCCACACCUCCGCCCAGCUGAACUCUGUCAGGCCAAUGAGGCCUACACCCGAGAGCAGUUCAAACCGAGACCUUGUAAAGAUAUAGAGAAAGAGAAAGAGAGACUCCAAGACAUAUUUGCCAAUGGAAAGGAUGCCAUUGAGAAGAGGAAAAAAAAGCAGUCUGUGCGGCAAAUUGAGCCUCCAUCCUCGGACCCAGAACCAGAUAGAUUUGAAGAAUUGGUGAAGGAAGUUCGAGAGAGGCAGGAGUUCCUGGCUGAAAUGCAGGCACUAGGACAGGGCAAACAGUACCGAGGGAUCAUCCUCACUGAGAUCUCACAGAAACUGCGGGAGAUGGAAGAUAUUGACCAAAAGAGAAGUGAUGAGCUUCAGAAGGCACUGGCCAAAACCUCUCCAUAAGGAGCAAAUACUGUGACAGGGCAGGGGAAGGGACCCAGAGGCUGGUCACUGGUGACUCGUCUCUUUGUAGCACCAAAGUCACCCUUCCGUUGCAGCCCAGGACCCUGGUAUCCUGGAAGACAAGCAGCUGGUGGGGCUAUACAGAUUCUCUUCUUCAGGAAUGGCUGACCAGCUGGCCAGAGAGCCUAUGAGACAUCCAUUCCCCUGCCCAGACCCACCAUGGGUGGCCUUGUGCUGAAAGAAGUCCUCCAACUUUAAUAAGACCCAGGCAUUAGGGCAAUCUCACCCCCUUGGCCCCAGGCUCCCAAAGAGCUUUGGAGGGCCUCUCCACAACUCCUAUUGCCUACCCCAAGCCCUCAGGCCCUUUCCUCCCAGUGUUAGCUUGGGAAAAAACCAACUCCUUUGGGCCCCACCUCUGACAUCUUCCAGCAGUGAGCCAGGGUUACUUUAGCCCCAAGGAUGGAAAGACCAAUAAAACUGUUGGUUCAAA